AUGGCAUCAGUUUCGUGCCGUGCGGAAGUUUGCGUUGAAGCUGAGGUAGUGACAGUGCGGGCAGCAGCAGCGGCUUCGCAUGGUGGCUGUAUCCCAAAGGCCCUGUUGAUCUCAGACCUUCUGUUGCUCCGGGCAGCCGAACUGAAGACGGAACUUGUUCGUGUGCAGCAAACAGAAGAACAGUUGCGAGCGAAGACAAAACGAGCAGUGGCUCAGCUUCAGGAUGUUGAAGCCGAGCUGAACAAAGUUCGUUCUCGAAAUGAGACACUGGAGAAGAAACAGCAAAGAUUUGAUGCCGAUAUUCGUGCAGUUGAAGAACAAUUGAAAGAAGCCAAGGAAAGCAAAGAGAAGGCUGAGAAAGAAAGAGAUGAAUAUCAGCUUGCAGCGUCAAGGAAAGGUGGCGAACUUCAGGAACUGAAAACGGAAAAUUCCGAGCUGCGAACGACGGUGGCACGACUGAAGCGUGAAGCUGAAGAAAGAACAGAUGCAGCUAGUGGAGGAGAACAGUUAGCAACUCUUCAGAAGGCCAAAAGAGAAUUGGAAAACAAGCUACGUGAGCAGGAACUGAAAACGGAAAAUUCCGAGCUGCGAACGACGGUGGCACGACUGAAGCGUGAAGCUGAAGAAAGAACAGAUGCAGCUAGUGGAGGAGAACAGUUAGCAACUCUUCAGAAGGCCAAAAGAGAAUUGGAAAACAAGCUACGUGAGCAGGAAGAAGAGUUGGACGAUCUGGCCGGGACAAACCAACAGUUACAACAGCAAAUAACUCGAUUGGAGAUGGGUGCCGAACGACUCAAGGCGGAUUUGUCUCGUGAAUCCACGACGAAGGAAACGGAGAUCGAUGAAAUUCGAGCCCAAUACCAAAGAAGGCUGAGAACAUUGGAAGAUCAGUUGGCCGACCUGCAAGACACAAAUUCCUCUUUGGUAAAGGAGAAUCGUGUGCUGGAGGCAAGAGCACGCCAGUACGACUUGAACACGCAGAGCUUUGAAUUCUCCGGAGAACAUUAUCGUCGUGAACUGAGGAAAGCGCUGGCACUUUUGGCCGACACUCAAACCCUUUUGGCUCACGAGAGGGAAUCCGCUCCUUCGCAAUCCUUGCUUCGACAACUACGAGACCAACUGGAAGACGCGGAAGCUGCAAAGAUGAGCGCGUUGAAAGGCCGUCAUGGACUGGAAAGCGAGUUGAAUGAAGUCCGAGUUCAGAUUGCCGAGCUGGAGAAAACCAAGCAAAAGCUCACCGAGCAGUUGAAUGAGGAGACGUCGAAUGCAGCCUUCCUUGCUCAGCAUACUGUCGAGAAGCAUAAACUACUACUUUCUGAGCAGAAGUCACGAGAUCUGGAAGCGAAACUCGACCUGGAAAUAGCGCAGAAGCAGCGCCUAGAGGCAAGUGACUAA